AUUUUUGCCUUAAGCCAUGACUCUGACCACGUCGGGGCUUAUUGUCGACAAUUCGCUUCUUGAAAGUGACGUCAGAUCUAUGAAUAAAAAACGUUAUGCUAAACAGACGUUCCAGUAUUUUGUUUAGUAGCUACGAAAGCGAGUAACUUUGUGGAGGCUGUUUGGUGGACCCGCGUGGCUCCGUUCGGCCAUGACAGUUUGCUGCGUCAUGUUGUUUGCGGUCAAGGCGCGAUAAUUUCUAUUCGGCAAGAGGCCAUAUGGACGAAUUUAAAUUCGUAUCAAAUUUUAAGUUGGCGUAAAGAAGAGUGCCUUCAGAUGGGCUGGAGCAAGUCGAAAAUUAGCUGUUAUGAGCCAUGGACUUAUCGACAGCGAUACUGGUUAGCUAUACUGUCUGGAAUUGUUUCAUUUGCCCGCCGCUUCAAAUAACUAAUAGUGCGUGAUAUCUCUUCUAGCAGAAUUGCUUCACGCACAUUUUCUGUCUGUCUAUUAUUGGCUUGGUGAGCUUCGCUACGAUGGACAAGCAAAGUAAACUUCUUGAGCUACAGCUCGAAAAAUGUGUGUGGCUUGUUAAAGAGGAGAGGCUUCGGUUAGGCGCCAAAGAGAUCUCUGUUCAACAUCGUGCAAAUCUUCGACGGCUAACAAACGAAAUGCGAGCAAAUUGUUGCGAAUACGCACUGCUUCAAGGUGCUGGGCGGGCGGAUAAGCGUAGGACAGCCCUCAGAUAUUCUCGAUUGUUCCAGAAGGCCGUUGAUGAGUACGUUGCUUCUACGCAGAUGACUGCGCCAAUUGUUGAGUAUCUUGAUGCGUUGGAGAAUCUUCAGGAGCACCUAAUCAAGGUGCUGAAGUUUCAGCAACAGCGAAAAUACGCAGUCCAAGCGGCACAGGAGACGCCAUGUCGAUGUUUCGAGGCAGACAAGAGGAAAAAGGACGUUUUGGCGCUAGUCCAGCAGGUCGCGGAAAACUUGUCCUUGCGAAAAAACGCUGAGACACAAACGCACAAUGAACCAUCUGGAAUUGAGCUGGCCGUUCAGGUUCAGCCAGAAAUGAGUGAUCAAAACAUCGAUGCUACUCGGCCGCAUCGUUCCGUUGGCCUCGGUGACGGGAUCCUCAUCCCUGAUGUUGGACCGCUAACCGUGAAGCUGGAACAGGAACAAUGGACCAGUUCCGCUCCUGCGAAGGCUGCCUGCGUCGAUUUGGAUCCUUUGGGUGCCUAUUUGUCGUCGUCGUCCUCCCAGGACAAUUCACCGUCGCUGGGCGAUCUCCUCACUAAGUUCCGCCUGGUGUUACGCGACGAGGCGGGCCCAUCAAAUUCGGUUGUCACGACAUCUCAGCGUAAGAGUGCCACUGCACGACGUCGUUUCGAGGAGGCUAAGCGAAGGCUUGGUGGCUGUGGUCGACCUUUCGAUACGGCAUCUGAUGACGACUCGUUCAAAGAACUGUACUCCUAUACGAAACAUCCACCGAGACAAAACAACAAUCAAUGAUUCUAAUAUUUUUGAAUGUCUGGCAUAAUUUAAUCGAUAGAAUGAGCAGACUUUCAGAGCUGUUAUGCUAUCUAACUAAAUUUUGGCCUAUUAAUUAGCUAGAUUCAAAAAAUAGUUUCGUUGGCAAGUUGGAAGUGAAGAUUCGAGUCGGUGCUUUGUAAAGCCGAUGACCAGCGAAAGGAUAACGCAUAGGCGACGGUUUCUGUCUUGUAAAUGCAUGGCAAUGGAUUUUGUGAUGUAUGCAAGCGAAACAAAAUCGAAUUUUACAAUAGAACGUGUUACUUCAACGUAUUUUCGGUCGAGUCGACAAUACCCCGAUAGCUGUUUGCGUGCUGUUUAAAAAUAUGUCGAUUUCCACAGAAAAAGCAAAAAGGCCGCAUAUACAGUUUUACAUAUGUCGGUUCAGGUCAACUGUUCCACAGAUGCAGAAAUAACAUUGGCUACAAACGCAACAUAUAUAUAUAUAUAUACAGUUGCAAUGGAGCAUAUUUUAAAAAUAGCUUUUAAUAACGAUUUUGGUGCCACAAAAGCUGAGAGUGGAUUCAAAUUUAUUGACUUGUUUUCGUCGCCCCUAUGACAGCUCGUUUGUAUUUAUUAGGUGAGAUUGAUUGUGUUACGUUUUAGAACAAGUGCUUUGGACUUUUAGCGGAAAAACUACCCGAAAAAUGCAUUUAUGUCAAUUUAAUCAAAGAUUAUUUUUCUAAUAACUGCUUGAACUUUUUGCGCAUUAAGAAAAACUUCCAUCUGUCGAUUCAGCCGUUGUCGAGAUAAUCGUCGAAAGAUAAGACCUUAUCCAGCCUACAGCACUGCCCGUACGAACAAUAAAUACGAAGCUUUGACAAAAAUAUCCAACUCGUUUCGAAGCAUCAAAACGCUUUCUUACACGCUAUUAUCACUUUAGACAAAAAUUUCACCCUGGAAACGAGCUUAGAACUAUGUUGUGUAUUACCUAGCAUUAAGAAUAGCACGAUAAUAUCGCGUUACUCCUGGUACAUAAAAAUACUAUUCAAAGACUAGAAGGUUUCGCGAAAACUGGAAAGGGGAGUGGACGGACAAACCCUUCGGCCUCGUUGCGUCGGCUCGUAUCGGUUUAAAUCGAUUAGCCCUCUUACGUCCUGGACAAAACGCUGUGUAGAAUACCGAAAAUAUCUAGAAACUGGAAAUAGAAGAAUGUAAGCAUUGAUACAGGAACUGCACAAGAUGUAUACAAACAAAGGCUCGUUGCAGUUGUUUCGCAUAUGCAUGUACCGAUUUUCAGCAAUGACAGCUGACAAAUCUGAUAUAACUAGCCAUGGAAAAAUCACAAAGCUUAUAAUACAUGUUCAUAUUUAUUUCUAAUCGAGAACUUAGAUAUAAUUCAACUAGGUACAUUUGUACAGGGUGAGUGCUUCGCUAGAUCUCAGCUCAAUCGUUUCGUUCGGCUUGUCUCCUUUCUACUGAGAUGAUCAUAACCUUCUGGCUCUUACCAUUUGUCCCGUACAUAUUUAACGUUGGGCACUUAAAUCUCUUCUUGUGGUACUUGGUACGCCGACUCGAUGAUACCGCUCGGCCGGUUUCCAUUUUUUUGGUGUUGGUUUGCAUAUUUUUAUUAUGUGACCGCAUUGUACGAGCGGAGAGCUUUUCAGUUCCUGUGAUACUUUUUCACUGUCUACUUAACUCCGAACUUCCCAUGCCGACUACGAUGCUACUUAUAGUGUGUAAUGUCUGUAAUGAACAGAUCAUUUUGUGGCCUUUCCUGCAUGUGGGUUCCAUAUAUUGAUGAAAUUCAUCAUGUUUGAUGCCUUGUCGUUAUUAAUAAUUCUCUUUUUAUUUUUUGCGUACGUCUUACAUUGUGAACGUAACGUGGCCUGUUUCGUCGUACGUUCCGCCGAAGUAGACGCUGAACUUUUGUUUGCUCGUUAGAACGGUAUCUGUUUCGUCUGGCUCUAUGGUAUUCUUGUAUGCAUACACGAAGAUCAAUGUACGAAAUUUCAUCAGCUAUCGAAAAAUUCUGUCAAUUUCAGUCUUGCUAUUGUGACAUUGUUUUGAUGUCUGUACGAAUAUGAGCUUCCUUUCCUGAGAUGAAUUUUAUUUUAUUAGAAAAAAGGUACAUAAUAACAUGGCUUAUUAGAUUUAUCCUUCUGUAUGUAUGUAUGUAUACGUGACUUCGCAUUCUAUAUAACUCAUUCUCUGGUAUUUUUCGUGCAUUGUUACAUCUCUAACGAUGAUAGGUACAGCAGCGUAUAGCCUUGUUUGCUUUUAUCUAUACAUACAUUUGAAGUGAGAAAAGCUGGUGACCGUUGCUUCUUUUGAUUUACUAUAGGAAUUGCUGAUCGAAUUUCAAAUGCCGGUGCGCAUUUUGAUAGUCGCCGAAGGACGUCUUACCAAACAAUGCAAAAAUGGUCACCUAUUUCUCAUGAAGCAUACACAGAAAAAUGUCUAAUUGACAAUAGUGUAUGUUCAUAACGGCGAAUUGAAAAUUUCCAGAUACCCGGGCUAUCCCGGCAUUAUUAUACUGAGAGUUCAGGAAGCAAACUCAGGGAGAAAUGCUGGUGUCUUUUGCGGUCUGAGACAUCUCCACUAGCAAUUCCUACUUCGAGGAAAGUCAAUACAAUUUCGCUGUCAAUAUAUAAUUUGCUUCGCGUUAAUGCCCAUUAAUUCAUUCGAUUGUUGAAGUAAUUACUUUUUUUCAAGGCUGAAGUUUCUGCCGGCGAUGUCCGUUUCCGAUGUGUACUUCUAAGGAAACCCGCUGUUAUACAUGUGUGUGCCAUGCGUCCACCCGCUGGACCAGAAAUUACCUUUGCCUGUCUACUAUCUAAUAGCAAGUCGCGAGGUGUAGUGGUGUCCUUUAUUUGACUCACCAUACGCAGUUGUCUUUGUAUGCUCGUGCACGAGGGUAUGAUUGCAUCCUUUUAUCUUGUAACGCAAUGUCGACGUGCUCAAUUCUAUAAUUUCGGAUUCGUUUCAUUUUUCGGUAGACAGCCGGCCGGUUGACCGAUUUAAACCUCACACCAGUUACUAAUUCGCAUUAUGAUUAUUAUCAAUAUAAUAUUAGUUAAUUAUCUAUAGAUAAAUCUAAUUCUCUUUAGCCAUGUAAUCAUCUAAAUAUUCGUGACAUUGUGAAAUGCGCUCUUGUUGUCUCGCUUCAUUUUGUGCAUGUGUGCUGGUAUAUCUGUAUGUAUGUAUGUAUGUAUGUAUGUAUGUACAUAAAUUGAGUACCUGCUGAUUCCCACAUGAAUAGUUCGAUUAUCCUCACAUAAUAAUAACAAUAUAUUGUGAUGUAAUAAACUCUGCAGGUAAGUAGUUUGAUCAAGUUACGUCGUUGGUAUAUUUUCCUAAAGAAACUUGCAGUUACUGUUGCUAUCC